AUGUCAGAGAUACCGUCUUCUAGCGAUCUAGAAAAACACCAGGAUGAUGCCUCCAGUGAAGAAAGGGUAUCCGGACCACCCCAUGAAUCAGAAUGGAAUCGUCGGGCGGUCCUCACACUCAUCGGCACAACAUGCAUACUCUUCUGCACCGUUGGAUUCGUCAAUGCCUUCGGCGUCUUUCAGGAAUUCUACACCAAGACGUUUUUCCGUGACAAGUCAUUAUCGGCAGUAUCGUGGUUUGGAUCGUUUAAUGUAUUCUGCAUGUUUGCUGGAGCCGUUGUAACGGGGAUAUUAACUGAUCUUUGCGGUCCAAAGUGGCUACUUCGAGGGGGGACCGUUCUGGCAUUACUGGGAAUAUUCAUGACUUCUCUUUGCAGAGAAUACUACCAGUUCUUCCUUGCUCAGGGAUUACUAUUCGGUCUAGGAGUGGCGGGCCUCUUCUUACCCAGCUACAUCGCGACAUCUCUUUACUUUGUAAAGCACCGGGCACUCGCGCUUGGAAUCACCGUUGGCGGAUCAUCGAUAGGCGGCGUUAUCUGGUCAAUUGCUCUUCGACGACUACUGGUAGACUUUGGCUUCCCUUGGACGAUGCGCAUUGCAGGAUUCAUAAUGAUGCCUCUUCUGGUGCUUGGCUGCCUUACCGUCCGUCUCCCCAAGAGGAAAAAAGCAGAUAAGCCCAAACCGAACGUUGCGGCCAUGAAGACACCGGCCUUCGGCAUGUUGGCAGCUGCAUUUUUCCUGUGUUCGCUUGGCCUCUUCGUUCCAUUCUAUUUCAUCACCUCAUAUUCUAUAUCUGUGGGGAAGGAUGCUGAGAUAUCCUUCUACUUGAUCUCCAUCAUCAACGCGACCAGCCUAUUUGGUCGACUGCUUCCUGGGUUCUGGGCUGAUAGAUACGGCAAGUUCAAUGUCAUGAUCGUGGCGGCGCUGUUCUCUGGUAUCAUCUGCUGCUGUAUGACCGUGGCGACGUCUCUGGGCGGUCUAAUAGCCAUCUCCAUCGCAUACGGCUUUGCAUCGGGGGCCAUUAUCAGCCUCCAGGGAGCCUGUGCCACGCAGCUCGUUGACCCAGCGACCUAUGGCGCCGCGGUGGGCUCUAUCAUGGGAAUAUGCUCCAUCGCGAGCCUUAUCGGGGCGCCCAUAGCGGGCGAACUUGCAUCCAAGUAUGGCUAUCUCUCAGCGUCCGAGUUUGGGGGUGCAUCGCUGUUGGCAGGAACCGCUUGUCUGGUUAUAUCCCGAGCACUGCAGAGUACUCAUCUCUUUAAAGUCGUGUAG